UUUAUAGACUACAUUUUUAAUAAAUAUAUUAGGUUGUGGUGGCUGAGAGCUCUCUGCCUCUGUGUGCUCUCAGUAAUCUGCUAUGGCAACAACAGGGGGCGAAAAGAAAAAAGGACGAAAAAAAAAAAAAAAGAGAAAGAUUUGACAACAUGGCGCACUUUCCUGAGGAAAGUUUCUCCUGAACGGCUCACAGACCAAGUUUUGGUGAAUUUCUUUCUGGCGUUCAUCGCCUCAUUUCCAAGCCAAAAAAAGAAAGAAAGAAAGAAAGAAAGCGGAGUCUGCGACUGUCCAAACUCGGAGACUUGUUCAGGGACAUAAUGGACAACGUUUUGUGUAGGACGGUGAUGGGAUGAGACGGAGACUUGGCAGAAACAGACAGACAGGAUGGAGAAACGAGCCCCUCAGAAAGAAAAGACUUCGGUGUUCGGCUCCCGGACGGCGGGCAGGCCUUUCCGGUAUGUCGCCGGGGACGACGGGGCGAGGUACACUCUCAGCAAAGCGGAGUUCAUGGAGAAGGUGCAGCAGAGCAACGAGGUGUGUCAGCGAGGCGACUUUCAGGAGGCCGUCCGCUUGUACAGCGAGGCGCUGCGAGCCGACCCGCAGAACUGCAUCCUGUACAGCAACCGCUCAGCAGCCUUCCUCAAACUGGGCCGGCACCAGGCUGCUCUGGAGGAUGCUGGGAAGGCUUGUGAGCUCAAUCCCAAGUGGCCAAAGAGCUGCGGCAAAGCUGAGACUCGUGCACAGUCACCACCACCACCACCAUCAUCAUGCAGCGCUUCUUCUGGGAGAAAAUCUGCAGCGGAAUCGAGGGAAGUGGAGAGGCAGCAUGACUUGCGCUCUGGAUUUCUGUGA